AUUUCCUGAAAUUAUAAAAUCAAGUGUAUCUAAGUAUAUGUGUGUGUUAUUAUUAUUAUAAUAUCAUGUAAAUAUGUUUACAAUAUUAAUUUCUAAUUGCAUUAUUUACGCGUGUAAAAAUCUGAACUUCUGAUUAAUUCACAUCUCUAACACUAUGUUCACACGAGGACUCUUUUUGUCGCCAAACACGGUUUUUAUAGGCGAUUGACGACGAACAAAGACGAAGGGAGCGUACCGCUUGUGUUCGGGUGACAAGCUUUGUAUUCUUGUGCGUAACCAGUCUUUUCAUGGUUGCAAUAGCGCGCGGUUUUAAAACAAUAUUUACUGAAUGCGGAAAUAUAUAAAUACAAUACAAAAUAAUACAAAAAUUUUAGAAAAGAGUGAAUAAACAGUAUAAUUUUUUUGCACUGUACAAGAAUUUGAGAAUAUGAUAUGAAAGAAAAUGCAUACAACUGUUCGACUCAAGUUAUCGCACUCGUGUCGCUCGUGUGAAUGCAAUGAACGGCCAAAAAAAAGGGAAUUUGCCGAUAAUAAGCGACAAAAGAGUACUCGUCGGAACACAGUCUAAGCAAGUAGUUAGACAAAUACAUAUUCCGUUCGCUCGACAGUCGGGUCUAAGUAACUGGAACGGACCCGGAUUUUUAUCCGGCCAAGACCGGUCAACUCGGCACCAUUCCUCAAAAUUUUACUAUAGGAAUGUUUUCUGCCACUACAACAACAACAAAUACAUAUUUAUCUUUAUGCGAACUUGAAAAGUCCUAAAAGUAGUUUAUUACAGUAACAUUUAUAUGCAGUAAAUUGACUAGACAUCUCUGCUAAAAUGGGAUGUUCUAAUAAGCUAAUACAUAAGUUUUUUUUUUAACAUUUUCUGUCAUCAUUUGCAAAUAUGUUACGAGUACUCUUACAUAAUUCAUUCUAUUCUUGUGUUUUUAUACAAAUGCCAUAGAAGAGUUGUUUGUAUAACGUUUUUUAUAAAACCAACUCACCAACAAUGUGCUUUCAGUCUCAAAAUUCUGACAUACUCCAGUAGUUGCAAGCCAAUUAUGGUAUGCCAUUAUAUUUGAGGUUUAUAGAAAACACCAUAUCUAAGAAGUUCUUUGUGAAAACUUUUAAACCUUCGCCAUCAGAACCGAUUUUCCGAUGAAAACAAAGAUAUUUGCAUUUUUAAUACCAACUUCUCUUUGUUUGACUUGUCAUGAAAGUAUAAAAAAAGUUUCAGAUUUGUACAUACCUACAUUUGCUGGUAAGCACUGCGUUUGUCAUUUGAAGGUCGUUUGCAUUCAAAAUGAAAUUAUUAAUUUUUACUCCCUUCUCUACUAACACUUCAACAAUUCGGUAAAUUUUUGCAAUGCAUAGUUUAUUUGUAUUAAUUUGUAAUUACGUUCAUUAAGAUAAAUGUUUUAGGAAUUCUAAUUCAACUACAGAUUUCCUGCUAACCACCGUCGUUUACUGAUUGCAUGCUUCUGUGUUUUAUUUUAUUUACGCCGUCAUCGUUGUUGGCUUUCUUAUCAGCUGAAAGUUAAAUGGGCGAAUUUUUACGAUGCAUAAACAGUUCAACGGCAACAAUUUCAAAGUGAACACAAAUUUCUCAGAGCGCUGCAAAAUAUUUAUUAUUUACUUAACAUUUUAUAAGACUAUUACUGAGAAUUGGUUUUGGUUUUGAUUGCGUCGUCAUUGUCAAUAAUUUCCUAAAUUGUAUUUUGUUAAAAUUAACACAAAAAUCACUUCCACCUCUUUUUUGAGAUAUAAUAAAACGUAUUAGUAUGACGAUUCCAUCGCGUCCAGCGCCUGCACCACCAGUGACGCGCGGUCAAAAUGCUGCCGCCGGUGCUAAUGCAAGUAUCGAGCAACUACGCAUACAAUUGCAACAACAACAAAUACAUCAGCAACAGAAUCGUGGCGUACAGAAAUUGACUAUAAGUCUACCACCACCGCCCAAAGGUUCGAUUGCAAUGCCCACGGUUAAUCGCAAUAACAGUAUCAGUAGCAACAACAACUAUAACAGCUUUAACAUGAACAGUCAUCAGUCGGCGAUAACACGUAAGUUUCCACAAGCACGCUACACGCCCACCACAAAUUGGGAGGAUGAUCCUUUCGGCGCCAAUGCGGCAGCUGCUGCCAAUACGAAUGGCAAUGGCAAAAAGGUUCCACCACCACGGCCACCACCACCGAAAGUGCAAGUGAAUGGUCGUAGAGCGCCUCAGCCACCAGCCACACACUCAACAAAAUUGCUGAGCAAUAUUUUCAGAAGCAAAAAAAGCAGCAGUAGUAGUAUUAGCAACAAUAAUAAUAAAGCCAAUAAGGUAUAUGGUGUCAGCAGCGGUGUUUAUGCCAUUAACAAUACAUCAGUGUCAACAACAAACAGCAGUAGCAGUAGCACAACUACGUGGGCCACCACAAACAAUGCAACAAAUAGUUGCAACAACAGCCAAAGUUGGCAGGCUAAUUGGAAUAGCAGUUAUUCGUCCACAUCGCUUACGUCUCUGAGUGCUGGAAAUGCCGGUGGCGCAAGUGCGCCGAGCACAACCGAAGCACAACUGAUCACUUUCGAUUCACCACCAAGUUCGCCAACAUUCACACAGAAGUCAAAUAGUGAUUGCCUUAGCGUUGAUAGUUUCAGUUCGGAUUCGAAUUUCAGUUCGGCCAAUAAUGGUAGUGUCUCCCAACCGGAAAGCGGUUUUGAAGAUGAUUUUAGCGCACUCAGUCGUCCAGCCACUACUACUAGUCCGCUUGAUCCUUGGGAGGCUUUUGAUAGUGGUUUCAAUACAGCAGUCGACAGUAUUUACGGUUGUACGGCAGCAACGAAUAGCAUUGGUACUGCACCGGUACGCAAUCUAAACACCAUUAAUUCGCGCAUCCAAUCAAGUAACGACAAUCCGCUCUGUAAUGGGAAAAGUCUUCUACCGCCGACGCCCACACUUAGUGCACCAACAAUUAUCAAACCAAAAUUAUCACAGAAGCCACGUGCACCUAAACCGCCGGUGCUGCAGAUAUCGCAGUUCACACUUAGUGGUGAUGACACAUCACAAACGCCACCAUCGCCUCCUAUGCCGAUAUGUGCACCACCACCGCCACCGAAUGGUGUAUCAUUGCUGGCCGUCAUAUCAGGAAAAGCGGAUGCAUUGCAAUUGAACAUUGGCGCUAUUGCAGAAGAAACGAAUCCACAUGGCGUAGCGCUAUACGACUUUGAUGGUGUCGAAGAGGGCGAUCUCAGUUUUCGGGCGAACGAGAAAAUCUGUAUCUUGAAGCAGGUGAGCGCUGAAUGGUAUUGUGGUCGCACGCGUUCAGGCUGUGAAGGUAUUUUUCCUAUAAAUUAUAUCGAUGUUAAAGUUCCGUUAGUGGAGCACAAAACCAAAACCAAGCCGUUACGCGUACGAUGCCUCUAUAAUUUCCCAGCCGAAUAUGACGGUGAUUUGGCCUUGAAGGAAAAUGAAAUAGUGACCAUACUGUACAAAAUUAAUGAAGACUGGCUUUUUGGUGAAGUGGAUGGUCGACAAGGCCAAUUUCCAGCGAAUUUCAUUGAAUAUUUACCCGACAACAUACCGAUGGCAUAAGCAAGAAGUUUGAAAUGUAUUACUAUACUAUACCAAUAUUGCAUACAUACAUACAUAUAUACAUAUAUGAUGAUAACUAUGAAAUGCUACGCACUUAAAUAAUUUACAUAUAUAUUUGAAAUACCUUUGCUGUUUAGCACUUGUCCAGCUAACGAAUUGUGUAGUACCCGUAAUUUAUAUAUAAAAUAAUUUACUCGCGGAACUAUUAAGUUGUGUCUCGAAAAUCUUGAAGAUGGAAAAGUUGGCGCGUUGCUACUUGGAAUUGAAAAUAAUAUAUAUUUUUCCAGGAUGUGAAAACAACAAAAUAAAUAUACUUUCUUUAUAUAGGAGUUUACAUUUAUAAGAGUAAAAGAAACUGUGUACUUUAAGUGAUUUAGUGUUUAACUAACGCACUGUAAUGGUACUAGUUCUUAACCAUAAUAAUAUUUAAAUCAAACAUCACACUGAUUGUCAUAUCAAACAAAUUUUUUGCAACACAAAAAUCGAAAAACCGAUAUCGAUAUAAAAGCCUUUUGUACUAGUAUUUAAGGGCGUAGUAAAUGUAAAGAAUUAACGUCCACAUCACACGCUUAAGCAAUGAAACUAUUGAAUUUGUUCCACACACACAAACGUAACUAUAAUUUAUACUUAUACUUAAAUAAAUCAUAUAUCAAUACACCUAACUUAAAUAGUACACAUACAACAAUAAUUUCCUGCACACGAUGGUCAUAUAAAUACCUAUGUGCUCUUGUGAAGAAAAGUUAUCAAAAUGUACCCAUUUGUUGCAAGAAUAUCUUUUAAUUUGUAUUGAAUCGUCGCAAAAGUAGAUGUGAUUGUUGUAUAUAUAAACAAAUAUUAAGACAAACAAAUUAUUUAAAUUUAAAAUUAAUAGGCGCUUGUUAUACUGUUUCAUUUUAUUGAUAGCUAUUUGUUAAUGAUUUUCUCAUAAUGUUACGCGCAAGUAUAAGUUAUAUAUUAAAUAUAUAUAUAUGUAUUAUUUAUGUUAAGUAAUCUUAUUAGCUGUAGUACAUGCACGGUACGGUUAAAUCUAAAAAAUGCAGCACUUAUACAUUUAUACAUAAAAUAUACAACAAAAUAAAUAGAUAUACAACAAUAACCAAUUGCCACGAUUUACAAGUAUAUUUGUAUUUAUAGCGUUGAGUGCGCUCCAAACCGAUUGUGCUUAGUUAGUUUUACGUAUACAAUAUUUAAAAAAAAUUAACGAGUCAAAUAAUAUACACAUACUAUAACAGCAAAAA